AUGUCACGUCCACAAGUCAGCAUCGAUCGCCUCACACCACGGCGGGUCAUGGCCGAGCCACGUGAGUCAAUGAAUUGUAAAUCAUGUCGGAAAAGAAAGAUUAAAUGCAAUCGUGUGCGUCCGAGCUGCGAGGCAUACGCCGUCCCCAAGAAAAGAGGCCCUAAAACAGAUGUUCUUGAAGCACUUUUGAAGCGGGUAGAUGGUCUCGAAAGACGACUACAGGAAGAAAGCAGCACCGUCAGCCCUACCAACGAGAAUCCACCAUCUACCAACAAUCGAAAUAGAAAUAGAAAGGAGUCUUCGGUUGGACGGUCAAAUUCUACGGACGAAACCGGCUCUUCGAUUCAAAACUCUCUAUCAAUCGCGGAGCAAGAAGACCCGACUCAGCGGUCUUACCCAGACCGUCGCGGCUCGAUUCUUUUGAACUCGACUUACACUGGCUUUGGAGAGCAUUCCAUAAGCAGUUUUCGGCAUGGGCAGCAGACGAAUCCCACUAAUCUCCAAGACAAUGCAUUUCUUUCCGAUAACAUCUUGGAUACAUACUUUACCCGGCUUCAUGGGAAACCGUUCUAUAUUCUGGAGGAAUCCUCGACACGCCAAAGGCAUCGCAUGGGGCAAUUACCAGGACCUUUGAUGAAGGCAAUAUAUGCUAUAACUAUAAGAUAUUCCCAAUCCGCAGAAGGACAAGAAGGCUCGACACGAAUCGGACUCGAGUAUGCGCUGAAAGCACGACAAGAAAUAGACAUCGAUAAUCCGACUAUUGAAGGACUUCAAACACUCUUAUUACUAUCCAUGGUCUUCUUUGCGUACGGGUUAGGCAAGAAGACAUAUAUGACAAUAUCGAGCUGUUCUGCCAUGAUCGUCGCGCUUGAUUUUUAUCGAGAGUCCUCGCCCAAGCUCAACCUCUCCCAUACCGAAAAAGAAAUGAGGCGACGGUUAUUCUGGACAUGCUACAUGAUGGAUCGGUUUGUGGCGUGUGGUUCGAGACGCCCAUGUCUGAUAUCGAAUGAUUCGAUUUUAUUGCGUUUACCAUCGUGGUCAUCAUCUGCAUCCUCUCAUAACCUUCCUGUUGAAGGAGAAUUAUUCAACAACUCGGGUAUCAACAUUCAACUUUCGGUCGACCCCCGUAGACGGGGACAACCGUCAAUUGUCCUACUUAUUGAUAUCAUACGAAUAUUAGGAAUCACAAACCGGUAUUUAGCUACGGGUGGAGUAAAAGGCGAUUCUCACUUCCCUUGGCACUCGAUGUCCAAUCUGUCAAAAAUUCGCCAGGAGUUGGACUUGUGGGGAGCUGGUGUACAGGACAUAUUUAUCUCAGUCGAGUCGCUGUUUACACAUCCUGAAAGCACAACAUUAUUCCUCAGCAAACUUAUAUACCACCUCAUUCACUGCCUGAUAUACCGUCCGUUUCUACCACUUGAUUUGGCAGAACUACGAGGGACAGGACAACACCAAUCAUGGCAAAUUGAGGCGACUAAUUUAUGCUUCUUACAUUCAAAUGCUAUUGUUGAGCUUGUUGAGUUUGGACGGAACUCUUCAUUGGUCGAAUGGCCCGCUUUCAUCAGUCAUUGCGUGUGUACUGCCGGGACGGUCCAUAUCCAUGGUGUACACUACAAGGGGCUGGAAGGGGAAGUCUUUUCAUCUAGCGCCGACUUUCUUUCCAAGGGGAUGCAACAGAUGUCUUGGCUACGACAUUGUUGGGCGGGCGUUCAACAUCAACGAGAAUUGCUGCAGACAGUCUAUACCUGUCACGCAGAGCUUAUCAGGAACCUAGCCAACAGCACGAUGCGGUUUUCUCCUGUGUUCCACUUGGAGGACUUUUUCGAUCGUUAUAUUGGCAUAUCGGUGGAUAGCUCUCAUGUUAGACUUGUUGAUGAGGUUACUGACACCAGCAACGAUAACAUGUCGCUGCCAUUAUCUCUUGAUAGCCACUCCUUAUACAACACACAAGCGAUGCCCAACACAUCAUUAAACAGCUCUCACCACUUCCAGAAUCACCAAUUCUCUCGUGUGAGCGGUUCCACGGGCCAUCAACCACAAUUCCCGCGACAUACUUCAACAGAACUACCGAGUUCCCAAUUCGACGCUUCACAUCAAUCACAAUCUCAGCAAUUACAAUCAGCGUUGUACUCAUAUAAUCUCACUGACUCCUCGUACUCGACUACACAACAAGAUCAGCAGCAGCAACAUCCACAGCAACAGACGUCACGUCUACUUCCAUCAUUCUCACCAACACUGGGUCUAUCACCGUCGGCAUUCAUUUCCGAAACUCUCAACAAUGCAACAGCUCCUACUCCACCGUCAAACUUCCACUACGCCACAUUCCCCUUUGACAGUCCGCAUACGACACAGGCCAGAACCCCAUACACAACAGGAUAUGCCGCACAAACCCCAAGUGGUCAAUCACAAGCAAGUGAUUCCCACGCCACUAUGAGCGAAAGCGGCCCGCCUUCAGAAAAGGAUCCUUUCCUCAGUCUAUUGGAGCAAUUGGCUGAGAAUGAACAUUUGGAGGGCGAUGGGCCGAGUGAACUUGAUUUCUUGUUGGGUGGUAUCCAUGAUCCCAAUCCUAAUGAGAGUAUUGCCCCAGAUGCGGAGCGCACUGGAAUGAUUGUCGCUGGCGGAGAGGUAUCAGAGCAAUCUGUCACUAAUGAAAGGUCCUAA